AUGAAAGAUGGAGAAUUACUAAAAACAUCGUGCGGUUCACCUAAUUAUGCUGCUCCUGAAGUUGUCUCUGGAGAACUUUAUGCUGGACAAGAAGUUGAUAUUUGGAGUUGUGGUGUUAUUCUUUAUGCUUUAUUAACAGGAACUUUACCGUUUGACGAUGACAAUGUUCAGGUAUUAUUUAAAAAAAUUCGAUCUGGAAUAUUUCCUAUUCCUGAUUAUUUGAAUCCAUCAGUAGUUGAUCUUCUACAAAAAAUGCUUACUGUUGAUCCUGUUCGUCGUGCAACAAUAAAAGAUAUUAAAGAACAUGAAUGGUUUAAAGUAAAUUUACCUGAUUAUUUAUUUCCAAAAACAGGUGAAGAUAGUACAAAUAUAGUUGAUCUUGAUGCUAUACAAGAAGUUUGUGAGAAAUUUGGUGUAAAUGAAGCUGAAGUUCAAGAAGCAUUGUUAAUCAAUGAUCGCCAUGAUCAAUUAGUUAUUGCUUAUCAUUUAAUAAUUGAUAAUAAACGAAUAUGGAACGAAGCUCGAAAAGUUGAAAUAGCUGAUUUUUUUUCUGCAUCAAGUCCACCUCAUUCAGCAUUUUUAUCUAUGACGCCAAAUUCAUCAUCAGCUCGUGCUCCAUCACCAUUUAAAUCAUCUCCAAUUCGGCCACAUCCAGAAAAAAUGCCAGCUUUAAAAGAUUUAAGUGUAACAUUAGAUCCAAUCGAUACAAUUAAUGUCACAAAUAAUUCUUCUUCCAAUAAUACAAAUACUUCUCAUCAAAAUACAUCUCAUAAUCAAAAAGCUUCAAGUUCAACAACAGGAGCCACUGGAUCAGGUGCAGCAUCUUUAAAAAAAGCUAAAUGGCAUUUAGGUAUUAGAUCUCAAUCAAAACCACAAGAUAUUAUGAAUGAAGUAUUUAAAGCAAUGAAAGAAUUAGGAAUGGAGUGGAAGUUUUGUAAUAAUAGUAUGUAUAGUCUUCGAACACGGCGUAAAGUUCCAAACACUGAUCGAUAUGUUAAAUUGGGUCUUCAAUUAUAUCAAGUUGAUCAUAGAUCAUAUUUAUUAGAUUUUCGCAAUUUAAAUUCAAAUAUAGACGAUCAUCAUCCAAUACUUUCUGCUCAACCUGAAGUUCUUGUUGAUGAUAGUGAAAUGGAAAAUCUUGAACCAAAUCGUUCAAUAAAUUGGGAACUUGGAGAUAAUGAUAAUGCAAUGGCAUCGUCAACAGAAGAACCUGUGUCAGAAGUAAUGGAAUUUUUUGAAAUGGCUGCAAGUCUUAUUCGUACAUUAGCACCUGAUUCGUCAUCUAAAACAAAUGCAACAUCCACAUCGACAGCAUCUACUUAA